AUGCGCUUCAUUGAGAGCCAAGUGGAGGACCACAGUAUCCGCAUUGUGGGUCUUGCCAACCAAAUGGCCAACGCGCAGGACCUCGGCGACUGGCUUAUCGCCUCGAACGAAAACUGCUUGACGCUCCACCCCACCAACCGGCCGCUGCCGCUCGAGGCGAUGCGCCCAUCCAACCGCGAGAACGUGCUCCACCUCUUCCGCAACGGCGUGCUCCGAGUGCUGCUCUCGUACGAUGGCAAGGAGCACCGGUUUGUCGACUACCUGCUCGCAGACGUGCACCGCAUGACGUGGUUUGCGAACUGGCCGCUCGAGGACCACAACGCCACGUGCACGGUGUUUUGCCGCUUCUACAAAAAGCUUCACGUGAGAAAGUACUCGAGCUGCGACCAUGUGAACGCCGAGGUGGUUACCAAGACGAUCGAGAUCGAGCAGGGCGCGGUCGACUACCUCACGUGGAGCUUUCUCACCAACGUGCACCUCUCGGACGUGGUCGAGCGCACAGUCAACGGCCUCGCCGAGUCUCGCUGCAUUGCGGUCGCCAACGAACUCGACCGCUCAACCUCGGGAUGGUCGCUGCCAACGGCCAUGGCAGACAAGCCCACGGUGUACCCGGCGCUGCUCGCGCACGACGUGGUCGACGCCCACGCCGACCUCCUUCGCCGCUCCGACGACUCGAUGGACGAGCACGAGCACAAGCCGACUCCUGCGGCCGUCAUCGACGCGGUUGACGAAGCCGUGUGCACGAGCCCGGCCGCGCGUUUCUGUGCGCGCUGCGAGCCGCGACCUCGUCGCACGUUGAGCGCGAUCGACCUCGUCCUCGCCGCGCAGGUCAACGCAUACCUCCUCGCGCGCAGCCCCAAGGCCCAGUGGGGCUCGAUUGUCGACAACUUUGGCCGCAACCCGCUGCAUUUGGCGAUUGCGCACCGGCACGCGAGUGCUGUCGAGCACAUGGUGUCGCAGCGGCCGCUGCUCUUGCUCGCGACGGACGCGUUUCAGCAGUCGGGCAUGGAGCUCCUCUUGCACGAACUGCCACAUGUGGUCUUGCGCCUCGUCCAGCAGCUCCCUGUCUUGCUGCAGAUCUCCGACGACAAGAACAAUACCUUCGCGCACGUGUUGUGCCGCGCGCUGCCGCCGACGGACUUUGCCGCGCUCGUCAACGUGCUGCCGCGCGUUAUGUUUCUCACCUCGAACGACGACGACGAGACGCCCGUGAUGCGCGCGUGCAAAAUGGCGUACCACAUGCGCGAAGGCGUGCCCGCUGCACCACAUGCUAAUGGCCACCUCCUCUUGCACGUCGGACGCUCCGUCGUGCUCGAGACCCCGGAUCUCUUUACGGUCUCCGGCACGACGGAGUUUCAGAAAUCGGCGUAUCCCAUUGGCUGA